CGCAUCGCACUGUUUAUUGUAUCGCACGGGAGUCCAGGACAGCGGAGCUCGCCGAUGUGCAGGACAUUGAACCCUGGGAAAUCGCCUGGGCUUCGCGUGUCAAACCCGGCCCUUUGACGCGCCUUCACAGGAAAUGGACUCACGUGCUUACAUGUGAGCAGAGGAGUCCCCCGUUCCCCCCCCCCCUCCCACCCACCGAAGACAGCGCCUUCUCUUCUGCCUCGAGCUCGUGCCGGAGAGGAGGCUGCAGAUGAAACGCGCGUCUUCAUCUCAAUCCGGAUUUGGAGGAGUCCUCCAGCGAUCUGCUCCUUCGGCGUCCCAAGCCAGCGCACCUGUCCUGUCCGGGGAGGAAAGCAGCGCUCGGUGCUCAGUGAGCGGUCUGCGCUUCCUUCGGGUCUGUCCUGCGCUCAUCGCUCCUCCCGGGACCUCAGACUGGACCGAACCUUCUGGCUUCUCCAUCUCAUCUGCUGCUGCACCUAAACUGGAACCAUGAGCAGCAGCGCAGUGCCCCACCAGCACAGCCCUUUGAGAAGCAGACAGAGCUCCACUACCGUCCUUUGCUUCCGCUGCCAGGAGGUCUGCCGGGGGGAGGUGGUUCGCGUGCAGAACGUUCACUUCCAUGUCAAGUGCUUCACCUGCCAAGUGUGCGGCUGCGACCUGGCCCGCUCAGGAUUUUUCCAGAAGAACGAGGAGUAUAUCUGCACCACUGACUACCAGCGCCUCUAUGGCACCAGAUGUGACAGCUGCGGGGAUUUCAUCACGGGAGAGGUGGUUUCGGCACUUGGGCGCGCCUACCACCCCAAGUGCUUCGUCUGCAGCGUCUGCAGGAAACCCUUCCCCAUCGGAGAUCGGGUGACAUUCAGCGGAAAGCAGUGCAUCUGUCAGCAGUGCUCUCUCACGCUGGUCAGUGAGCCCGUCAAGAUCCACGGUCCCAGCUACUGCGCUGGCUGCCAGGAGGAGAUCAAGCAGGGGCAGUCGCUGCUGGCCCUGGAGAAGCAGUGGCACGUCAGCUGCUUCAAGUGUCAGACCUGCGGCACUGUGCUGACCGGGGAGUACAUCAGCAAGGAUGGUGUUCCAUACUGCGAAAGCGAUUACCACGCUCAGUUUGGGAUUAAGUGCAACACCUGCAACAGAUACAUCAGCGGGAGAGUACUGGAGGCUGGAGGAAAGCACUACCACCCUACCUGUGCCCGGUGUGCCCGAUGUCGCAUGAUGUUCACGGAAGGCGAGGAGAUGUACCUGACAGGUUCAGAGGUGUGGCAUCCACUGUGCAAACAAGCAGCACGAGCCGAGAAGAAGCUCAAGCACAGGCGCGCCUCGGAGGCCUCCAUAUCCCCGCCCGGCUCCAGCAUUGGCUCCCCCAGCCGAGUCAUUUGUGCCAAACUGGAAAAUGAGAUCUUUAAAUACAAAGAUUACUCUUCUCUGGCAAAGAGUAGAAAUGUUUAUGACGCGCACCGGGCCAGCCUCAGUUCCCAUGGCUUCGGUCAGAGAUAUGCUUCCGAUGACGGGCUCGAGCGCUUCAGCUACGGGGAGUCCUUCGGGACCCUUUCUCCAUAUUCUCAGGACAUAUACAGCAGUGUGGAGUUGAGACGCCGCCGCUCUUCCAGUCCCGGGUACAUCGACUCACCCACGUACAGCCGGCAGGGCAUGUCCCCCUCCUUACCCCGCUCCCCCCUGCAUUACUACCGCUCAGGCAACGAGAGCGGCAGGAGCUCCCCUUACUAUAGCGCUGUCAACGCCAGAGCCGGCACCCCCACCACGUACCAGGCGCCCAAGCACUUCCACGUGCCAGACACUGGGGAGACCAACAUCUACAGGAAACCUCCUAUCUAUAAGAGACAUGGUAACCACCAACGUUCAGCCACCAAGGGCAAGGCAAGUGAAGACAUCCUCCAGUCACCUCAGUUCCCAGCGCCCUACUACUCUGACCACUACCAGCAUGGGGAGCCCGAAUACUACCACUAUGCCAGCUCCCCUAAAGGCCCACGUGCACGGCGAUUUUCAUCAGGAGGGGAGGAUGACAGCUGGAACCACAGUCUGAACAGGAUUCAGAGCGGAAUUGGCAGGAUGAUACUGAAGGAGGAGAUGAAAGCCAGAUCUGGUUGCUAUGACAACGACCCCUGGGCCAGCGCCCGCAAUUCCCGGAGCAGCAGCCGGGAGACGCUGCACAACGUGGGCUACAACAACAACACCGUCAACGGCUGUGAGGGCGCAAUUCCGACAAACACUCCACGGUCGCGCUACAGCACAGACAGCGACUCCUUCCUCUCAAAAUCAGCCUCCUUGCCCGGAUACGGCAGGAACGGACUCCACAGGCCGCAAAGUGCAGAUUACUUUGAAUACGUCAGCGGUGAUCCCAACUGGGGGAUAAGAGAUUACAGGAUUUAUCCAUACAAAGCGCUCAUAGUGUCUGCCAGGGGAAUAAACAGGCUGCCCAGUGAUGUAGACAGAGCCAGGUUAGAGGGAGAGGAACUGGGAGAAUGGAGCCCUCACAGGGGAGGCAUCUGCGGACAGGAGAUCUGCACCGAAAGCACUCCAGGACACGUUAUGACUUUUGUUGUUUUUUUUGUUUUUUUUUCCUCGCUCGCUUUUAUUUUGCCGUUGGACUUUUGUUUUAUUUCCAUUGCAGAACAUCUGCGCUCCUCCGGAGGACCCGUUCUGCUCUGCUCUGCCUCCUCCGCUCUGCUGGUUGCACCAAGAGCUCGCUUGCUUUAGACAGAGACUAGGUUUGCCUUACUUGAACAUAGAGCAGCAUUCACCAGCAGGCAGGAUAAACAGAAUGUUGAUAUUAUAUGAGCCGUUUCAGAAUGUGGCCAAAUGGAUUUAUCAUACAGAAAUCGCUGCGCUCUUUUUUUCCUUUCAUUUUUCAUGCAUCCUCACUUUUUUUCUUGCUGAGUAACAAUAACUUCAUUUGCAUAGAUGAUGGUGAAUUAUUUGACCAGAAUAACAAACUCUGUACUGGUAACGUGCUUAGGUAAUGUAUGCAGGUUUGAUUUUUUUAAUAUUCGAACAUUUGAACAUUUGAUUAGCACAGAUUAUAUGUACUAAAUUUUUAUACCUCAUUAAUGUUUACAGUUUUUCUUAAUAUAUAGUCUUGCCAACAUUGUUUGAACUUAUUUUUUAACGUUUUCUUUUGCUAAUACCAUUUAUUCAAAUUCAGAGAUUUGCAGAAUGUACGAUAAACUAAAAACAUAUCUGUAAAACUUAACAACCACUAACCACAACUUCCAUGCAUUUUUGUAUUUCAUUUGCGUUGUUAUUUAAAGAAUUCAUUUCCUGCAUUUCGUAUUUGUUUUGUUUACUUGUUUUUGGACAGCGUGAGGAAUGGAAGAGGCACUUGGUCAUUUGGACACAUAGUCAACGGGCCAAUGGGUGUUAAAGGGCAAGUUCACCCUUCUUACAUGUGGUUUCUUUAAAACAAGAAAAUUAGCUUAAGUUCCUCACACUCUCCACUGAACUCUUGAAGGCAAAUUUCUGCUUUUAUUACAAUGGAGGACAAAUCAGUGUCUUUACAUUAUUUACUUCCUGAAUUUCAAAUAUAUUUUUCAUUCUUUUUACAUUGAAAUAUUUGACAUUUAACAUUUAUUUGAAGUUUCCCCACUCUGUUAACUGAAGGGUAAAUUUGCAGGUUUCAGUGAAUUUGGGGUCAUUUGGAAUUUCUGCAGAAUAUAAAGUAGUAAAAAUGAUGUAACUGAUCUAAGUUGUCUGGAGUAUGAGCACACACCACGGUAACUGUUAAAAUUACACCUACAGUGUGAAGUUCAGAAACAGAAUUUCAUUCACCAGUUGAUUUCCAUCGUUGAAUCUGGUUAUCCUGGCUGCCCUGUCUAUGCUCUGAAUUGCAAUAAUAGUCAAAUUUAUUGUACCAGUGUUUAUGAAACACACAUUAUUUAAAUUAUGUUUUAUAUUUUCUGAUGCUAGAUUUUUCUCCAGUUGUUUUUCGAUAAUUUGCUCUAUCCGAUUUUUAGUUUUCAGAAUGAAAUAAUUUAUAUUUUUGCUGCCGUUUAUGUUUUCACUUCUGUUUAAUGUCAUUUGAUUUUAUUCGUUUGUGGUCCUUUACCACAUCCAAGUGAUGUUAAUACAUAAUUGUCAAAGGAAGUCGAGCAAUAUCGAAUGGUUGCGUGAAUGUUUUUUAUUGACCGAUUUUAUUAUAUCAACCGAGUCUAACUUCCUAAAGUUUACUUUUUGCAGAGAAUUAAAUGACUGCCUCUUUAGUUCAGCUAUAGAAUAAGAUAAUGUAAAAAAAAAUAAUAAUCUGCUAACUUUCCGGUGAGUGUAUUUGUUGACAGGCCAUACACUUGGCCAUUCUAAUUAAUAUGUCAGGAUAAAAACUGCCACCCACAUAAUCCUCACAUAAUGAAGCCUUUAGAGUUAACAAUGUCUGUUGUUUCUGGGAGUUCUUGGAUUCAUAAUUCUGCAAAGGUACUGAAAAAAUUAAUUCAAAGGCACUGCUUUGGAAAAUGUUUAAUCAGAUACAGGGGGUUUCAUUUUUUUUUAAAUAAAUGUACAUUUUUUGUAACUGGAAUUCAGCAACCUGGCGUGAAGCUGUCACUGAUACUGCUAAAAUGGUUACAUACUGUAUAUAUUAUUUGA